CUGCGUGGCCGACUGGGCGAAGGCGCUCGCUGCUGCCAGAUGGCUGCGCUCAACGGGACCGUGGAAAAUGGGCAGCCGGAGAAACGGGGGGCUCCGCCGCUGCCUCAUCCCGUUAAGAACCUGGAGGUCAAAUACACCAAGAUAUUUAUUAACAAUGAAUGGCAUGAGUCAAAGAGUGGAAAGAAGUUUCCUACCUUCAGUCCUUCAAAGGCCGAGAAGAUCUGUGAUGUUGAAGAAGGGGACAAGUCUGAUGUGGACAAGGCGGUGGAGGCAGCAAAAGCAGCCUUCCAGAGGGGAUCUCCAUGGAGACAGAUGGAUGCUGUGAGCCGAGGAAGACUCUUGAAUGACCUGGCUGACCUCAUUGAACGAGACAGAGUGGUGCUGGCAACUUUGGAAACUAUGGACACAGGAAAACCAUUUCUCCAAGCGUUCUUCAUCGACUUGGAAGGCUGCAUUAAGACGCUUAGAUACUACGCUGGGUGGGCUGAUAAAAUCCAAGGGAAGACUAUACCUGUGGAUGAAAACUAUGUCUGCUUCACCAGACAUGAGCCAGUGGGAGUAUGCGGAGCCAUCACACCAUGGAAUUUCCCAUUGCUUAUGCUGAUCUGGAAAAUGGCACCAGCUCUGUGUUGUGGGAACACGUUAGUCAUUAAACCUGCUGAGCAAACUCCCCUCACGUCAUUAUACAUCGGGUCUUUGGUCAAGGAGGCAGGCUUCCCCCCUGGUGUGGUUAACAUCGUGCCUGGAUAUGGCCCUACAGCUGGGACUGCGCUCUGCACGCAUCGUAAUAUUGAUAAAAUUGCGUUUACAGGAUCAACAGAGGUUGGAAAGCUAAUCAAAGAAGCCGCUUCAAAAAGUAACCUCAAGAGGGUGACGCUAGAGCUCGGUGGGAAGAACCCUUGCAUUGUCUGUGCAGACGCCGAUCUGGACUUAGCGGUAGACUGUGCCCACCAAGGGGUCUUCUUCAACCAGGGGCAGUGCUGCACAGCUGCCUCGCGGGUGUUUGUGGAGGAGCAAGUGUACCCAGAAUUCGUCAGGCGCAGUGUGGAGUACGCCAAGAAGCGGCUUGUGGGGGACCCAUUUGAUGCCAGAACCGAACAAGGGCCACAGAUUGACCAAAAGCAGUUUGACAAGAUCCUGGAGCUGAUCGAGAGCGGGAAGAAAGAGGGUGCCAAGCUGGAGUGCGGAGGCCUGGCAGCGGCUGGCCAUGGCCUGUUCAUAAAGCCCACGGUUUUUUCCGAGGUCACAGACAACAUGCGAAUUGCCAAAGAGGAGAUUUUUGGACCUGUUCAACCCAUAAUGAAGUUUAAAAGCAUAGAAGAAGUUAUACAAAGAGCCAACAAUACAGAAUAUGGACUCACAGCGGCGGUGUUCACAAAGAACUUGGACAGGGCCCUGACGUUAGCAUCAGCACUGCAGUCAGGGACUGUGUGGAUCAACUGCUAUAAUUCCCUCUUUGCACAAGCUCCCUUUGGUGGCUUUAAAAUGUCAGGAAAUGGCAGAGAACUGGGUGAAUAUGCCUUGAGCGAAUACACAGAAGUGAAAACAGUCACCAUUAAACUCUCACAGAAGACUCACUGAGUGGGAUAUGCCAAGAGACCGAAAACUCUGACGCUCUGAAUGUUGAUGUUAUGGGGGGGUGGGCUGCAAAAAUAGAACAGAUCUUUUAUUGAAAGAAGCUGAUUUUUAAAAAUAACUUCUUGUUCUGAGGCCUUGCUGAAAGACUUCAUUCCAACCCAAAGCUAACUGAAUGGCUUUCCAAAAUGGGCUUGCCAGUGCCAGUGAUGCUGGUGUAGACUGCAAGACAAAGGCUGAAAGGUAUGAAGAUGCACAUGUCAAGCUGCCGUGCUCCCCUGGGAUGCGGGAGGGACAACAAAGGCCUUGCCAUUUGUGGACAAUGGAAUUUGUCCCAGUUCUGGAGGUUAUGCCUUCUGACAAUGAAAGCAGCCCCGCUGCAGUCGCAAAAAAUGCUGGUAGCGUGAACCGCCGAGUGUGCCAUGUCUCACUGCUAUAUGAAGUUGCUAAUCCAAAUCAAGCCAAGCUGGGUUCCACUGGAUGGUUUGGACUUCAGUGCCCAUCAGUCCCCACAAGCAUGGCCCAUGGUCGAGGAAUUCUGGGUGUUAAGAGUCCAAAGUAACCAGAGGGGCACCAGGUUAAGGACAGCACCAGGUUUUAGUCUGUGUUGGUGAUACAGGGGCACACGAGACAACCUUGGCUGUGCAUUGUUCCCACAUCCCAACUUCCUAUUUAAACUACGCUGUCACCAGGUAGCAAAGCCUGAAUCCCAGAUUCGUGCUGCUACUGGCCACAGGUGAGGCAAUGAAAUUUUGGAAUGUGGGACACCAGAGAAGGGUUGUUUUAAAAAAAGACAUUCCCUUUACUUCAGACAUCUUGACUGGGAGAGUGUUGCAAGAUAUCCUUUCUGUUGAUCUUGGAAGAAAACACCAGUUCAGGUUUUGCUACCCCUGCAGGGUUGGGCUUUUUUAUACUGUGGGACUUUUCAUGGACCAUUUAGCUGAAAACUGUCUAGGAAGAGACAUCCAGGCUUCUGUGCAAGGACAGGAAGGGCUAGAUGUCGUUUUGGUAGCUGUCUAUCCCUUUAGUCAUAGACCUGUGGUCCAAAGCUGUAUAAUGCAUGCACGGCUGGAGGCCUUAACGAUAUAGAGGGUUUUUGCUGCAGAUCAGUCUCCCCUACUUGGAGAACGGCUUUUUGCUGCCUGCCCACUGCCACAUCAUAUUAAAAAUGAAAUUUAUAUAUUUUCUAACUUUUCAACAGAGAGUCUCUGCUUCUGGGUUUUCAGAUAGAUACCUUAUUGUUACAUAGUUGCGAUAUUUUUUUAAUGUGAACCGGGCCAUUGCUUUUAAUGGCACAAGUAACACUUCACUUGUUCUAUAAUUGGCUAUUACAUGCGAACCAGGUCAAAUCCAGGAGGCACGGUCCACUAGUAGAUGAUCUUGUGCAUUUCCUGUCCAUAGCAUUUGUUCACUUCUGCACUGGCAUACAAGGGAGACUUUGCCUGUAGAUCCUGCCCAACAUACAGCAAGAACAAGGCUGCACCCAUAAUUGCCUGUCUUGGGUGUUUAAUUGGCACAAUCUAUAAUGCCAUCUGGAACAUUCAGUCUCUUUUUAAUGGGUAACCUUUUAAAAUGAUUCCAUAAAUUUCAUUUUGUGACCUCAAAGUUUUCUGAUGUCUUGUAAACUACUUACUGUAACAGGGUUUUUUAAAAAAUGUGUACACUGAAUUUUUCUACAUUGGAUAAUAAAAUACCAUUAGGCACUAAUUGUAAAGUACAAAUCUGUAGAGCCUUUAUAUUCUUUCAUUGCAUGUUAGUGCUUUUUGUAUGAAAUAUUACUUUUAAAUGUUUAAAUAUAUAAAUAUAUAUUUAUAAAUUUAGAAUGCAAUUAAUCUAAUGUAUUUUUAUUGCUGAUUGUACAUGGAAAUGUUAUGCCUGUUUUAAAGGGUAUAUCUUGUAAUAUUAGUUCUACAGUUAAUAAAAUGUUAUAAUUUUUGUGA